GAGAAAUAAUAGAAUUCAGUCACUGUCUUCUCCUCAUUCUUCUCUGAAAAGUUCCAAUGGAGAUUAAGCACAAAGCUAAAAUUCAUCCAUCGCCGCCGCCCUCCUCUUCCUCCUCCGUCUUCAAGCUUCUACCCGCCGCUAUCUUAGCCUUAGCUUCACUCCUCUCUCUCGACGACCGUGAAGUCCUUGCUUACAUGAUCGCCAGGUCCAUUCAAUCCUCUGCAUUGAUCACUUCCACUCGCGUUUCCAGGAAGAAAUCCACCAAAAAACCUUCAAUCAAUGCCGGAAACAGUAAUGUUACUACUACUACUACAACUACUACUACUACUGCUACUUAUCAUAAAACUCCUUUGUUUAGUUGCGAUUGCUUCUACUGCUACACUGCCUACUGGUGCCGCUGGGACUCCUCUCCCAAUCGCGAACUAAUCCACCAAGCCAUCGAGGCGUUUGAAGAUCAUUUGACCAACGGGGAGAAGCCGAAGAAGAAUAACGGUAGAGGAAAGAGAAGAGAUAGAAUCGGGCGUCAAGGUAGUAUAAGUACUGAUAAUAAUAAGACUCUACCUGUUAUUCAUUGUCCGACGUCGGUCGCCGAUGAGUGCGUCGACGUUGCAUUAUCGCCGGUGGUGGAAGAUGAAGGAAGUAUGGUGAAGGAAGUUGAAGAGAAUGGUCCGGUGGUGGAAGAUGUAGGCGGCGGGGAGCAUCAGAAGGGUUUGGCGACGAAGGUACUACCGGACGUGUUGGGUUUUUUUAAUUCGCGUUUAUGGAGUCUGUGGAGUCCGAAUCUUUAAAUUAUUCUUAUUGAAUUUCAAAAAUUUUCCGCGUCCCAAAAAUUAUUAUUAUCUAUAUAUAUAUAUAAUUUUUAUUAUAUUUUUUCCC